UGAUGGGUCUAUUUGAGAGCUGCGUCUCGGUGUCAUUUUUAAAAUCCUAUAUGUCAUGUUGCUGCUUGAGUCCCAACACACCAACAAAAGACAUAUUGUUAUUAAUAAUAUAAAACGUAUCUCAAAGUCCACAGCACGACAGCCUGCUGGUGGCAUGAGGAGUCAGAUAAAGUUGCAGAGAUUGACAGGUCACAACUCGUUGAGGCGCGCUCCCCUUCACCGCAGCUCGCGGAACGUAGAACGCCCGUGAACGCGCGCGCGGUGUCACAGACUGCCGCGAGACAUCCGGAACAGGAGUUGACUUGAAGCCACUGUUAAUUUAUAUAUUUUUAUACAUCUCCUACACGAUGCGUUCCUCAUUUAAGCAGUGUUUUGGACUGCUUUUGAUCAGUGUACUAUUGCUAUCCCUGUUCUUUGCCUGGAGCCCUGGGAGCCUUUCAGUGGUUGACAUACGGCCAAAACUGAGGGGUCAAAUAGACAUAAUCCUCGAAGAGAAAAUACAAAACAUCAUCAGUGGCUAUGAUGUGGCACAUCGUUUGGCUCAAAAUACAUGCAUGUGUCUGGCUGAUGAGGAGACCUUUCGCCUGCCGUUCUCCAAUCUGCUGUUCCCCCGAGUGUGGGCCCACAACAUUAGUCUUGCCUUCUUAGAGUCCCACCCCGACCCCAGUGGUGUCCAGCGUCACAGGGCUCAGGAGUACAGCAAGUUUCAGGAGAGGUCCUACAGUCCUGCAGAUGUGCUUAUUGUAGCUGAGGCCAACAGUCCUCUCCAGUAUCCCACUCAGGGCGUGGAGGUGCGACCCCUCAAAACCAUCAUCAUUCCAGGUUUGGGUCUUAAAGAAGAAACCGGGUCCAAGAUCAAGCACACGGUUUAUUUGACAGCAACAUUGGGGACUUUUGAUGUCGCUGCUACAGUGGAGAGGGUCUCUGUUGAAGGACAAGGAGAGAAGCACAUGAUACUUUCCAGUCCUCUUCUCUCCGCUCUAAACAGACAGCUAAAGUUUGUCACUUACACAAACACUGUUUUUCAUCCCAAGACUGCCGAUACAGUUCAGUUUAGCACUGAUGUUCACCAGUCAUUUUUCACCAUUAAAGUUGGACAUGGAACGCUACCUAAACUUUACAACUCUGGAUAUCAAAGCGAGUACAAUAUCAGUGCUCUUGUUACCAUCGCCACCAAGACCUUUCUGCGAUAUGACAAACUCAAAGACCUCAUUGACAGCAUUCGUCAAUACUAUCCCACAGUUACCAUUGUGAUAGCAGAUGACAAUGAACACCCACAGCCAGUGACUGGCCCUCACAUUGACCAUUACAUCAUGCCUUUUGGAAAGGGUUGGUUUGCAGGACGAAACCUGGCAGUGUCACAAGUCACAACCAAGUAUGUCCUCUGGGUGGAUGAUGAUUUCAUCUUUACUGCAAAGACCAAGCUGGAGAUGAUGGUAGACAUCUUAGAAAAGACCACGCUGGAUCUGGUUGGUGGUGCAGUGAGAGAGGUGACUGGCUACGCUGCAACCUUUCGUCACACUAUGUCAGUGGAGUAUGGGGGAGAGGAGGGUGACUGUUUACACAUCAGAACCGGCUACCACCACGUCAUCGAGGGAUUUCCCAACUGUGUGGUAGCGGAUGCGGUCAUCAACUUCUUCCUUGCGAGGACGUACAAGGUGCAGGGGGGGUUCAACCCCCGCCUGGCCCGGCACGGCCAUCUAGAGUUUUUCAUCGACGCGCUGGGUUCCCUCCACGUCGGCUCCUGUAGUGACGUGAUUGUGAGCCACGCAUCCAAGAUCAUUCCACCCUGGAGCAAAACCGAGUCACAGAAGUCCUACGACAAAUUCCGCUAUUCGUUUUCCAAUGCUGAUAACGACGUUCAUAAGGAAGACUUCUACUUCAAGAACAGAUUCAAGUGCAUGACCAGUCAUUGAAACUUGUAACGGCAGGAAUUGUUUUUCAGGUAAAGCGAAGACUUCCGGAAAUCAUUGUGUUUAACAGCUUAGCUCUUGCUGUUGAACAGUUUGUGUGGACUUACGGUUUUCUAUGGACCGAUUGCAGGAGGAGUACCUCCAUGCACACAAUCACGCUUCACAAAAUGCACUGAAAGUAUCGCGUCUUGUGCCUUUUUAAAAAAAUGUUUCCCAACCAUCUAAUGAAAAGGGUUUAGAUGGUUGCCACGUCAGCUGGUGCUUUGGAUAUAAUAACACAAAUGGAUAGCUUGAGUGUCCUAGAGUUGUUAGAUACUAGUUCAUCUCAGACAACCGUGUGAGCAGCGAUCCUGUUACUGCAUGCAUUUUUUUAAAAACAAAUAAUGUGAACCAAAAGUACUGUUUGUUGAGCUAACCUCGUGUGUAUAAUGUGACUUGUUGCACUGCACUGGCACCACCUCAACACAUGUUUUUCCUUUUGAAGGGCCUUGCUUUUUAAUCAUAUUUAUUGUUUACCAAUUAAAGAUGCCCUUUACUCGGGUAUGUAUUGUGAUUCUAUUUGUGCAAUUUGCUGUCUAUGUAAAAAAUGAAAAAGCAACACCUUGCUGUGCCAUUAAACUGAAUAUAAAUGACACAAAAACAAUGUUUUUUGAGUUAUUGAGUGUCGGAUGAGCUUCAAUGUUAAGCUUGUUUGUAAAUUGAAUUGUAUUUUUUUGUUUUUUGUAUUGUAUUGAACGGUUGCUAAAAAUGAUAUUACGUGUCCUUUUAUCAUUUGCAAAUCACCCUUCAUGACAUUUAUCUUCAUUUCUUAACCAUUUCUUGAUUCCAAUUGGGAUAUGCUGUAAAAUAUUGUUGUUUAAGAAUUUAUUGCUAUGGGAACUCCUGUAACUCCUGUGUUUCACCACAAGAUGGAAACAGAAGAUCAGAUAAUGAUGCCACGUAAAAUAAAUGAUUUUCUAUUUGC